AUGGCCUCCCGUCACCCGAUCCCCAACACCUACCACGUCCCGCCCAAGGACCAGAAGCCGUCGUCCACUUCCGUCUCGAGCGCCGUCAAGUCGUUCUUCACCAUGCCCGAAUCUUACCCCGCCAUGUCGUCGACGACGUCUCAGUAUCCUCUGCCUACGGCCUACACGAAGACGAAAAGCAGUUCGCAGACCCAACACGAGGCAAGCUCUCAGGGUUCUAUAGGACCCCGAGCCUCGGUCGAGUCGUGGGAUACCAUCGACAAACUGAAGGAUAACGAGACAUCUUCUUGA